UACUACAUUUGGACCACUGUUCCCGCUCUUCAUUUUCCGUUUUUAACUUAUGACGAGGAUGACAAAUUCAUGGAUUUUGUGGAUGGAACGUUGCAUCGUCAUAAUUCGUCUAAUGUAGACAAAUUUUCUCUCCACUGCAAUCACCAGUUGAAUGCAUCCCGACUUCAUUCUUGGAUCUCUACUGUAAUAAUGGGUAACGUUGAAGAGCUCAAGUUACGUUUAAUCCAAACACCCCCCUUGUUUGUUCCCAUAUCUCUUUUUACUUGUGAAUCACUGACAUUGUUGGAGCUGGAUACUCAACCUAAUGUCCGCCUUCCUAAAUAUAUCUCUUUUCCAAGACUCAAGCGCCUUAAACUUUUAAGGUUUAAGUUCAGCGAUGAGUGCUGGAAUCAGGAACUCUUUUCCAAUUCCCCUGUUCUUGAAGAAUUGAUUCUGGUAUUCUGCAUUUAUGGUGUUAGGAAUUUCUGUAUUUCAAAUCCUAUGCUGAAACACUUGCAAAUUGAUGGUAAGGAUUUUCCGAGUCGUGAUGGUUUAAAAUUGAUUCUCCAAGUCUUGCGACGUUUUACUACACGGUCUAUAGCGCAAAAGAAUAUGUCUUGUCUAGCUUUCCAACACCGAUGGAAGCAGUUGUUUGCAUAAACUCUAUAGACAAUGGUGCAGAAAUAAGUCCCUUACUUCGGGCCCUUACGCAUGUGAAACGUCUAACAGUCAAUGAUUUGAUCCUACAGGCUAUUUGCUCCGUGUGCGGUCAAUCAAAUAAUUUGCUAGCAUUCCGUAAUGUGAAAAUGUUGAGCAUAUCUAAGAAUCAAACCAAUGAUGAAGGACUAAUUGCUUUGCUCAAAAGAGUACCUAAGCUGGAGACACUCGAAUUUGAUGAGUAUGUGUAUGACGAAGUAAAAUACAUUAGCGACGCUGAGGAUGAUGAGGUUGAUGACAAUGAAGACGAUGAUGCCAGCUCUGUUGAGAGCAAAAACAGCAACGACAAUGAAGGCGAAGGAGAUGUCUCUAACACUGCUGAGUGUGAUAACAAUGAUUAGAGUGAAGGCAACUAUGACAAUGAAGAUGAUAGUUGGGCGCUUGAUAUUGGAACUACUGGAUGUCUGUUUCCACAUCUAAAAUCGGUUUGCUUUCAUGAAUUUGCUGGGAAACAAAGGGAAAUGAAGCUGGUGAAACUGAUCUUGAAGGACGCAAAAGUUUUGGAAAUGAUGACUAUUUGUCACUUUGAUCGUGACUAUGACUGUUAUCCUCCCUUUGUAAAUGCGAGAAGUGAAAAACAAGUCACGGCGGAGAUACCAAGUUAUCCAAGGGCCUCACCAGGUUGUGUGAUUAAAUUCUGAUCUUAAGAUAAGAACUCAGUUGUCUUUCAUUAAAGAAAAAUAAGUUACUAGUUAGAAUCAGCUUUUAGUUCCAAUCUUUCAUUGUGCAUCGAACUGUUUUCCAUUACCGGUUCAUACUGUU